ACACACUCUGCUUCUACUGUAACAACUAUCUUCCUGCAACUUCACAAGACACUGAAAGACUUUAACACACACACACACACACACACACACACACUCUGCUUCUACUGUAACAACUAUCUUCCUGUCUUUUCUCUUAUUUUCUCUGCUUCUCUCACUCCCUCCCUCUCUCUCUCUGGCGUUCACUCACUCUUCUCUAUUCCUCCAUCUGUCUAUUCCCGCUUGGUGGUUUUGAGUGGUUCCGAGUGGGGCGGGAGGAGAGAGAGUGGGUAGAACCGAGAUGUUCUCUGGUUCUAAGGGAUGUGUCUCAGCCCGUGACUCCUUCGUGUUCCUUUCAGAAGCUGCGCUCUCAAACCAUGCUGCUGCUCCCAACACCACAAGCCCAGAGAAUAUGCAAUGCUUAACGGUGACCAUCCUUCGAGGAAAAGACGGCUACGGCUUUACCAUCUGCUCAGACUCCCCAGUGAGGGUCCAGGCUGUCGACCCAGAUGGCCCUGCUGAUCUGGCUGGUCUACAGCAGUUGGACACACUGCUGCAGCUGAAUGGUCAACCAGUGGAGCAGUGGAAGUGUGUGGACCUCGCCCACGCUAUACGUAACAGCCAUAAUGAGAUAACAGUGGUCGUGUGGCGGACGGGUCCUUCUGUGAAGUCCAGCUACGAGGGCCUCAUCCACCGUCCAUCCUACAAGCCCUCGCCGUCCGCCUACGAGCCCCCGUCCCCCCCCAGCAAGAAACGUGACAAGACCCCUCCGGCGGUGCCCCCUCUCCCUGCCCACCACCGCACUCGUCGCCUGCUCAUCAAUGGCUCCGAGGGAGGAGGAGGUGGAGGAGGAGGUGGGGGAGGAGGUGGAGGAGGAGGUGGGGGCGUGGGCUGGGGAGGCGAGAGACGUGGUGAGGAGCUGGACGCCAAGGGCCGAGCGACGGGCGCGACGCCACAAGGGCAACACACGCACACGCUGCGCGGGACCCGGGUCAAAGCGUCCAAUGGGGACAACUACAUCAUCCUGUCGCCCAUCAACCCCGGGAGCCAGAUAUUACGGCCCGUUUACCCUGACGGCCAUGGCACAUUAGCAGGCAGGGUGCUCCCUUCCCAGCAGGCCAGCGGCCCUCAUAUGGGUGGUGUAGGUGGCGUAGGUGGCAUGGGUGGUUUAGGUGGCGUAGGUGGCAUGGGUGGUUUAGGUGGCGUGGGUGGCAUAGGGGGUGCAGCGCCCCCCACCUCGGGCCUGACAGGCAGGACCAACUUCCUGCGGCGCUCCACCAACAGCAAGACGUCCAAGUCUGUGCCCACAGGUGCCAAUCACCAGCCGCAGAGCUCGCAGAACUAUGCCAACUACCAGAACUGCACCAUUGUGCGCUCGCACCUGCCCACCUCCCAUGCCAACUAUGGCACCUAUGUCAAGGUGCCACCCAAGAUCCUCAUCUUCCCCAUCUUUGUACAGCCAAUCGACCUGUGUAACCCCAACCGGACCCUUGUAGUGUCAGAGGAGAUGAUUCUGCAUGAGAGCAAGCACCACUCCCUCAAGGUGACUGUGUUCAUAUACACAGACCUGAUGCUGGUGACUAGAGAGGACGAACCCGGCCGGUGUAACGUUCUCCAGAACCCUCUCUACCUGAAGCAGCUACGCCUCCAAGAGGAUCACAGUGAGGAGCUGAAGUUCUAUCUCAUUCACAUGACGGAGAAGUGUGAUUGUCUGCUGAGUCUGGAGGCUCACUCUGUGGAGCAGAGGAGGCGAGUGUGCCAGUGUCUGAGGGACAACAUUGAGCAGCAGCUUCAGCAGCAGCGAAGAGACAACUUCGCCACCAUGGAACAGAUGCUGGAGCCCAAACUUGAUGACCCGUGCUAUGUCGGGGCCCCCCCACGAGCCAGUGACGAUGAGCCCUCCCUGAGCAGCCCCUCAGAGCCCCCUGCCCCGGGAAGCCCCCAGGCCAGCGACCUGACCUCCCUGGGGGGGUCGUCCUGCACCCCCCUGGACGAGAGCCUGAAGGUGCCCCCCACCCCCCCUCCCUCCACCGAGGGCGAGGAUGGCCGGAGUGCAGAGGGCGACCAGGAGAGCUGGCCUGGACACGAGGAGGAGGAAGAGGAGGAGGGCUUCAGCACCGCGGAGACGGAGCGGCCCGAGACGGGCGACGAGGACUUGGUCGCCAGGGCGACGGGAGGCGGAGGCGGAGGGGAUGGGGACAUGGCCACUCUGGUGGCCGGUGGAGAUCUUGAGGACAACGGCUCGGAGGCGCCCGACACGAACGCGCCGCCAUCGUCCUCCUCAUCGUCCUUCGUCAUCCCAGAGCUGCGCCUGGACCGCUCCUUCAGCGCGGACGCCCUGACGGUCACCGACGAAGAGUAUGACGAAGACGAGGACGACGAGGACGAUGAGGAUGAGGAAGAGGACGAUAGCGACGACGCCUACCUGGAGCGCAGCGACAGCAAGCGCCGCAGCAUGGCGGAGCCGUCGUCCACGUGUGAGAAGCACGGCAGCGGAGCGGGCGGCCUGAGUGUCCAGAACUCCCUGCGACGCCGGACGCACAGCGAGGGCAGUCUGCUGCAGGACCCCCGCGCACCCUGCUUCACCUCCGACAACGCCAUCAACUGCCUGGACGCGGCCGGCGGCGGCGCAUGCAAGGGGGGGUGGACACUGCCCUCACCCAAGACCCUCAAGAAGGAGCUGACCAAGAACGGAGGCUCCAUGCACCAGAUCUGCAUGCUCUUCUCCGGCCGGAAGCUCAGCGCCUCUUCUGGAUCUCACUGCAGCUGCGACGUCGACCCCGACGGGAACAAGAAGAAGAAGAAGAAGCCCAAGAACCUGGCCAAAGAUAUGAAGAACCGAUUGGCAUUCCUGAGGCGGAGGAAUGAAUCGCCAGGAAGCACUCCGGCGGGUAAGCUGGACAAGACCAUGAAGGCCGGGGUCAAGCCCACCCCUGAGGAAGCCAUGAAGUGGGGAGAGUCCCUGGACAAGCUACUCGUCCACAAAUAUGGACUGGCCGCCUUCAGAGCAUUCCUACGCACGGAGUUCAGCGAGGAGAAUCUGGAAUUCUGGUUGGCAUGUGAGGAUUACAAGAAGGUGAAAUCCCAAUCUAAGAUGGCAUCCAAAGCCAAAAAGAUAUUUGCUGAAUACAUCGCCAUCCAGUCAUGCAAAGAGGUGAACCUGGACUCGUACACCAGGGAGCACACCAAGGAAAACCUGCAGAACAUCACACGUUCCUGCUUCGAGCUGGCGCAGCGCCGGAUAUUCGGCCUCAUGGAGAAGGACUCCUACCCACGCUUCCUGCGCUCCGAGCUCUACCUGGACUUGGUCAACCAGAAGAAGGCCAGCAGCGCGUCCACUACCUCCUCGUCCUCGUAGAGCCGACGAGAGAGCGGACGAGGAAACACACAACGGGAGCGGGAACUCUCCCAGAGAGAGAGAGAGAGAGAGAGAGGAAGAAAGAAAGAAAGGAAGGGGAGGAGAAGGGGAGGAGGCUUUCUUCCUUUUUAAAGUUUCCGCUUCUUUGUCAACUUCUCAUCAUCAUCAUCUUCAUCAUCAUCGUCAUUGCAUCCCAUCUGAGAUGUUGAGUGACAGGGGACUAACGAGGUGAUGGAGUGGUGGAUGCGGAGGGAAGAGGAGAGGAGAGGAGAGGAGGCGGUGCUGUUUACAAACGUGGACUGGAGGAUGGAGAGGAAGAGCACAGGUCUGAUGGAGACACGUUGCCAUAGUGACUGACAUGAACAUUAUUGCUCUUUUCACUUUUUUACAUUUAUUUAAGUUCCCGGACACGCUGGAGUGGGAGCUGAGGAGGGGAGAGGGAUGAAGACUCCUGAAGACCAGAGAGACAGUCCGCCACUGUUUGCUUCUACUGAUUGUUUGUUGGUUUGUUUGGUUUGGUUUGUUGGUGUUGUUUCUCUGGGCCUUCUCCGCUGCCUCUCCUGCAAACAGCCUGAGGAGGCGCCGUUGGGACGACGCAGAGACCACCACUCAACUCGCCCCUCACUACACACACACACACACACACACAACAAACGCUUUCCUGACUGUGUAAAUGGCGUCUGGUCUGCCCUGGCAGAAGAGAGGAGACAGACACGCAGCCUUCUGACGUGACGUGAGCUCAACUCAAAAACAAACAAAGAAAAACAAAACAAGCGCAAAGCCCACACAGCUUCCCCCCCCCCAUUCUCUCCACCUCCCAAGAUGCACUUGUGUUCCCAAGCACAGCACUCCCUCCGCAAGCGUAGCGGCAGCCACGGCCCUCUCACAGUGUGGGGGGGUGUAGCUGGUCAUUCCUGACUAGACUAAUGAUGGUCGGAGCUCAGAGAGAAAGAAUAAAAAAACGGAUGGAAGGACCAAACUGUGUGACGGAGGAGUGCCACUCCCCCCCCCCCACCUCCCCCCCUUGGACACGGACCAUCCGCCUGUCUAUAUGGCUUAAGACUGCACACCCGACCCCAUGCCUGGACACGGACCAUCCGCCUGUCUAUAUGGCUUAAGACUGCACACCCGACCCCAUGCCUGGCUUUGCUCCGUAGGGCCGAUAAGCUUCAUUGCAGCUCCCUGCAGAGCUUGACAUGGCAGUAUUCUCAGGACUCAAGCGCACUCGACUAUGAAGCUUCCCAGCUUUUGCUUUUGCUUUCUCUCUUUUUUCACAUGAAGAGGUUUGUCCUGUCCUGUUUUGACAGGGUCAGACCUGCACUCCAUAGACGACAGGGAGGGCAAAGCUGACCGCUAACUGCCCUUUUGACUGAGAUAAAUAACAAAGAGAAGGAGAAAGAAGAGAAAACGCUUGACCUGUACAGUUUGCCUAUUUAUUUGACCCCUGCUGGAUGCACUCCACUGCACUCAGCUGAAAGCUCCUUGUUCCUUAACCACAGACACAGGGCCGUUCCCCAGCAGCAGCCGGCACUGGGCCGGAUACGCGCCAGAGCUGCGCCGCAUCAGAGCCGGCCCUGGGCCAGAUCGCUCCCAGUGUCCACUGCUGAGCGGACGACUAUCCUGAUUUAAGUGCAAUAUGAUUUUCUUCUUUUUUAUCCUUCUGUUUUUCCUUUUUAUUUUUGGAUAAGUUUAGAUUUUUAUGAGAAAGACAAUGGAUUGAACUCUGUUUUAACUUUAUUUGUAAGAGUUUAGUUGCAAAAAUUCAGCUUGAAGUUUGAUUUACAGUUAAGGUAAAUACACACAAACAAGAGCAAAGUAGAUUCCUGAUUUUAAACGUUAUUAUUCUAACUGUGUUAAUCCUGGCAGCUGGCAGCCGGGACAAACGGAUGUAAAUAUAAUUCUUAAAUAAAUAAACAAAGUGAAAAAAGAAUAAAAAAAAGGAGAACAUGAUGUUUCUGUUUCAUGGCGCUCCAUGAGAUGUAUCUGUAUCUAUGUACAUAGGAGAGACUCAAAGCUCUAAAAUGACAUGUAUUGUUUUAAAGUGGGGAGCAGUAGGCCCUACGCCUGCCCACUCCUGCUCAUACACUGCUUGUAAGGAGUUUUACAAAAUGUAUUUUAUCAUUUUCACUGUUUACAAGUCCAACACAUCUCCUAAGAUAGCAAGUGAAAGAGAAAUUAGAGAGAAAGAAAAACAUUUGGUGUCAUUUGCUCAAGUUCAAUAAAAUCAUCCAACUGGUUGAAAAAUA